GUAUGUUGCAGUUACCUUGCUCACAUCUCCAUUUUACAUUGUAGAUUGUGUUUCCAAAAAUCUUCAGAGCUAUCUACACAAUUGAUGCUUAUUUCUAGACAUCUAUAAUUACUUAUAGGUUUCACAGGUCGGAUGCAAUAUAGGCACCACAGGCUUUGUGUGGAUUCUAUGCUUAGAUGUAAUGGAUAUUCGCCGUAAGCCGUGACUUUGUUACAACAAUAUGAACUCUUUAUGAGCUCCAAAAUUAUGGUCAGCUUAUGCUCUGCUUCUACUUCAGUAGAGCUAUAAACACAAACAGUAGGUGAAGUGAGUUUUCUGCAUUUCUUUUCCUUCUCGAUUAUAGUGAUGUGAAGUCGACACUACAUCUAACAACAAUAAUUAUGCUCUUGGAGCAGUCCUGUCUUAUUUAUUUAUCAAAAUUCUGAGAACAGAUUCCUCCCAGGAGCUAAUGGAAAUGGACAAAGCUAGUGUGAUGGUGACAAAGGAGGAGUGGAGGGCCAAAAAAAAAAAGGACUAUAUCAGAAAACGCCUUUACACUAUCUAUAAGACUUAUACCCUGCAUCACAGUCAACACAAACCGAAUGAACGCCAAAACAACUAAAAGGAAACACCAUAGCUUAUCGGCAAAAAAUAUGGGAAGUGAACUCAUCAACACCAUUCCUACAGUUGAUCUCUCUCCCUUCUUUCAAUCAGGCGAUAAUGAAUCAGGAAAGGGUAAGGCAAAGGAGAUCAUAACUCAUGCAUGCCGAACCUAUGGUUUCUUCAGGAUCUUCAGCCAUGGUGUUCCGAUAACACUUUCAUCGAUCGACCUGUCAAAGACCUUCUUCCAUCGGCCCUAUGAAGACAAGCUCAAAUCCUGCCCAGUACCAGAGUCGAACGCUCCGUUGCCCGCUGGAUAUAUGCGCCAGCCUGAAAUCUCUGGCAACAAGAAUGAGUAUGUACUCGUGUUCAAGCCUGAGCUUGGGUUCAAUGUUUAUCUGGCCGAGCCAACUGAGUUCAGAUCAACCCUAGACGAGUGUUUUAGUCAAAUGUCCAGAACAGCACUGCUAGUAGAAAGAAUACUGACGGAAUGCAUGGGGGUGCCUCCAAACUUCAUCAAAGAUUAUGAUGAAGCUCGAAAUACCGAUUUCAUGGUGGCGUUGAGAUAUUUUGCUGUGACCAUGGGUGAUGAGAGCAGCGGAUUGGCUGAGCACCAAGAUGGAAGCUGCAUUUCGUUUGUGUUUCAAGAUGAUGUCGGAGGGCUUGUGGUACUUACGGAUGGGAAGUGGAUCUCGGCUGAGCCUUCUGACGACAGCAUUGUGGUUAAUAUCGGAGAUAUACUUCAGGUUCUGACAAACAAUACGUUCAUAAGCGCAACACACAGAGUGUUGAGAAAAUAAAAAGAUCGGUACUCAUACGCUUUCUUCUUCAAUGCCGAUGAAGAGAAA